UUAUUCCCAAAGCCAAAUCAAAAUUCAAGGAUUCUACCAAAUAAAAAUGCUUCUUAUUUCUAUCGUCAUCGGAAUCUUGAAUAUUUCUACGUGACAUGUUUCUUUCCUCCUUGUUCGUUCAUCGUUUGUUUCGUCACACAAAAAUGGGUGCAACGCUAAACCUUGUGUAUGCCGUCACUAUCAUUCUCUUCACAAUCUCGUCAACCUCACAUGGGUAUGAUCCUUUGGAUCCGUUUGGUAAAAUUACCAUCAAAUGGGAUCUUCUUCUGUCGUCACCUGGCCAUCACACGGUACAAGUAAAACUAGAGAACAUGCAAGAGUACCGUCACAUUGAUAAGCCAGGAUGGAAGCUGAGUUGGCAUUGGGAAAGCAAACAAGUGAUAUGGGACAUGAGAGGAGCUGAGACGACAGAGCAAGGCAACUGCUCAGCCUUUGCCUCCAGCGGAACACUCCCUCACUGCUGUCUCAGACGACCAACCAUCGUCGACCUUCUUCCCGGAUCUCCUUUCAACUCUCAAGUCUCCAACUGCUGCCGUGGAGGCGUCUUGACUUCUAUGUCACAGGACCGCACCAAUCACGUCUCUGUUUUCCACAUGACCAUUGGAAGCUUCCCUGAUGACUCUGGAGAGUUCACUAUGCCUUCUAAUUUUGAUAUAGGUGUCCCUGGUUAUAGUUGCGACAAUGCUACUUCAGUGACUCCUACUAAGUAUAGUACUGAUAAGGGUCGUCGCAAAACUCAAGCAUUAGCAACAUGGGAGGCAGUGUGUGUGUACUCGCAGUUUCGGUCAUCACAAUCACCAAAAUGCUGCGUUUCACUCUCUGCCUUCUACUACCGCAACAUUGUUCCUUGUCCUACCUGUAGCUGCGGCUGCUCUAGUUCUCAUUGCGUCAAGCCUGGUGAGAUGCCGCCAUAUCUGGAGCAGAAACAUGAUCCAGAGGAGGAAGUAACGCCUGUGGUGGAGUGUACGAAACAUAUGUGUCCCAUACAUAUCCACUGGCAUGUCAAAGUGAACUAUAGAGAGUACUGGAGGGUUAAGAUCACAGCAACGAAUCUCAACACAAUGAAGAAUUACACUGACUGGAACUUAGUUGUGCUUCAUCCCAACUUGAAAAGUGUAGAACAAGUCUUCAGUUUUAACUACAAAUCCUUAACACCAUACCACAAUGGCAUCAAUGACACGGGGAUGUUUUGGGGAGUUAAGUUCUACAACGAUGUGUUGCUUCAAGCCGGAAAGAUUGGGAAUGUGCAAACAGAGUUGUUGUUAAAGAAGGAUAUGGGGAAUUUCAGUUUCAGGGAAGGUUGGGCUUUUCCAAGGAGAAUAUUGUUUAAUGGUGAUGAAUGUGUUAUGCCUUCUCCAGAUGAUUAUCCGAGGCUGCCCAGUUAUGCUUCUUCUGCUGCUUCUAGCUUUGCUACAACCUUGUUCUGUUUUCUCCUUCUUCUAUUUGUUUGAUUGAAGCGUUUUCAUUGGACCUGCACUGUUUUUUUUUUGGCUUUUUCA